GCGGCUUGCCGCGCUGCCGAGUCACUGGGGUGGGAGGAGCAUGAGAAGGGGGCGAGGCGCGUGCCUGAGUGACGCAGGCGCAGUGCGGCUUCACAGGCGCGGGCCGCCCCCCGCGGGUUUGGAUCCGGGUCAGUCAGGCGCGGCGGUCGGGGAGAGAGGAUCUGAACUGACGGGACUGGGUCGCCAGAGCGCCCCAGCCGCGAAGAGUAUUAACGGGAACAUCUAUAGUAGUGUAAAAACUUUCACAAUGAAAUCCGAAGCAAAAGACGGAGAAGAGGAGAGUCUACAAACUGCUUUCAAGAAAUUAAGAGUGGAUGCAUCAGGGUCCAUCGCAUCACUGUCUGUUGGAGAAGGCACAAAUGUUAGAGCAUCAGUUAGAGCAGCAGUAGAUGAUACCAAACCUAAAGCCACAUGUCCAUCUAAAGACAGUUGGCAUGGGUCUACAAGGAAGUCUUCACGAGGAGCAGUGAGAACCCAGCGACGUCGACGUUCUAAGUCUCCUGUCCUUCAUCCUCCAAAGUUCAUACAUUGCAGUACAAUAGCAUCUCCUUCCAGCAGCCAGCUUAAGCAUAAAAGCCAGACUGAUACACCUGAUGGCAGCAGCGGGCUGGGAAUUUCAACCCACAAAGAGUUCAGUGUGGGAGAAAGUUCUGCUUCUCUUGAUGCUAAUCAUACAGGGGCAGUUGUUGAGUCUUUGAGAACUUCGGUUCCCAGGCUCCCAUUGGAAAUUAAGACCGAAGACUCCUCUAAUGCUACCCAAGUGUCUCAAGCAACUCUCAAGGCCAAUGAUCUCUCUGACUUUCGGUCUGUUUCCAAGUUAAACCAGGGCAAACAAUGUGCCUGUGUAGGCAAGGAGUGCCAAUGUAAGAGAUGGCAUGACAUGGAAGUGUAUUCAUUUUCAGGCCUGCAGAAUGUCCCUCCCCUGGUCCCAGAACGAAUUUCCACUCUAGAGGACUACUCUCAGUCGCUGCAUACAAGAACUCUGUCUGGCUCUCCCCGUACCUGUUCUGAGCAAGCUCGAGUCUAUGUGGAUGAUGUGACCAUUGAGGACCUAUCAGGCUACAUGGAGUAUUACUUGUAUAUCCCCAAGAAAAUGUCUCACAUGGCAGAGAUGAUGUACACUUGAUAGCCAGAAGCUUACUCGUGUGCUUUAAACCAAUGAAGGGUUGUCAAAGAGAUUUAGUUAACGGCUGACUUUGUGGCCACUUUGUGAGAAGACAUCUCUUUCUGCUCACUGUGCUUGCAAUAAAAACUUUUCUUGGCAUCUUAAUUAAACUUCAUUCUUUAAAUUUACCCUCUGAGUUCUUAUAUACCCACCAAGACAAGCAGAUCAGAGAAAAUGCUUCUCAUCCAAAAGUGUUUUAGGGGGAUGAAGAAGCAGUUAUUGGAGACUGGCAGCAGUGGGUUUAUGGUGAAAGCCUUUGUAAAACUUUAGUUUUUCAUGUUUAAGAUUUGAUAGCUAAGGAAAAUCAAAUGUUUUAUAACCGGAUCAAACAUUUGUCGUGUUGUAGUGCCAGCUCAGAGUAUUAGAAGUUGUAAGACUGACUUAAACCAACUAUGAUUUAAUGUGGGAUUUGUGUCAUUAAAGGUUUUUUAUGUUGUCAAACCAGAGAUCUGAAAUCUAGAUUCAAUUUGAAUAAACUAGCUGGCUUCCCUGUA